AGAUGUGCUCGUGAUUAAUGGAAGCUGUAUUUGAAUGACAGAGAGGAGACUCAUUAGUUCAUUUCAAAGAGUAGCAUUGAAUUUAUUCCCCAUGCAAUUCCCCUUUGCCAUAUGCUACGUUGCAUUCUUCCUAUAUUGCUAAUUAAACAGAAACCAAUACAUUUUCUGUAGCUUCAACACACUUUCUUGGGACAGUGCUCCAUGGUAGACCUGUUCGUUGAUCGGGUGCUGGUGAAGAACAACAGGGACCAUGAUGAGCUGGACACUGAACAAGAGAUUGCCAUUCGGCUGCAGAACCGCAUCCUGAUGCUGCUCUUUGCUUCUGCUGCAUGUGGAAGAUGUCAGCAGUUUGCCCCCAAACUCGGCGACUUCUUCAAACGCUUGACGGAUGAGUUUUAUGUUGAUCGUUCUGCUCAACUGGUCCUAUUGUACAUCAGUUUGGACCAAUCCGAAGAACACCAAGUUAACUUCCUCAAAGUGCUUCCUAAAAAGUGCCUGUUCCUUGCCUAUGAGGACCCCUACAGGAGGGAGCUGGAGGACAUGUUUAAUGUCAAGGAGCUUCCCACAGUGGUGGUGCUGCGUCCCGACUGUUCCGUCCUCAUCCCAAAUGCAGUGGAUGAGAUCCUCCGCCUCGGUCCAGACUGUUACCGAAACUGGCAAGAAGCGGCAGAGAUUAUCGACAGGAACUUUAUGAUCAGUGAGGACUUUCAGGAAAAGUCCAUGCGCAGCUUCACUGACCCUGUGAGAAGACUCAAGUACAAGGUGGAGCAUGAGAAGAAAAGGAACAAGAAAGCAGGUAGAGAUGAUGCAGAGGCGGGUGGGAAAGAAGGAGGAGGGUUGCCAUGGUGAUAAGGAGAGAACCAGCAAAAUGUUAUCUGAGAAGGUUUUUGGGAUGUUGCCAUAAUUACAUGGAGAAAGUAAUGGAUUUCUAACCCUUAUUUCAAUCAUGAACAUAAUAAAAUUUCAGCCAAAGCCAGGUUUACAUUUUGGAUGAUAACAUUUCAAUUAUCAUUGAUGCAUAAUUAUCUACGAUUACGUUUUGCUGAAUUAUUUCAGUUUUGUACGUGAAUAAAGACCUGGAUUUAA